UAGAAUUUAGUCUCAUUUUAACAAUGUCGUCCAACAGUGAAGACUUAACACUGCCAAACCUACGAUGUGUCAUAUUGGUGACACUUUUGUUUACAUCCAGCUUCAUCAUAUACAGCUUCAAAGUAGUUAUGGUCACAGAACCACAAUACCUGGCCUUAAAGAUUCCUUAUCUACACAGAGAAAGUAAUAUCUCAAACAGAGGAACAGGGACGACGUUAACUUGUACAAACUAUUCAGAUAAGUGUGUAACAUUUGGAAGUGCUAUUUCUGUGGAUAAAAAACGUUAUCUAUGUCCAAACUUUGAAGGACGGCUCGGGAAUAUAAUGUUUAUAUAUGCAUCAACGUAUGGCAUCGCGUUCGAUCAUAACUUCACAGUUGUAGUGUCUCGAAGGAAUGAAUUAUAUGAAGGAUUUGAGAAUAUACCUGUGCAAUACUUAAGCACUUGUAAUUGUUCAGACGAUGCACAAUUUAUACAGGAAAAAUUCCCAAGAAUACAUGAAAAGUUUAAUUUCUCCAUGAAACAUACUGUGUACCGUAUAAAAGGAUAUUUACAGUCUUGGAAAUAUUUUAAACGUUCGUUUGCUGAUAUCAAGUAACAAUUUGUAUUCAAGCAAUCGAUACGAACUAAAGUUAGAAAGACUUAACAAGGACUUGGUCUAAGUAUGUUUCCGAAUAAAACUGUUACAA